UCGUCAAUCAGUCGCGUUUGACUUGGUGGACUUGUCUGUAGUUGGUUGUGUUCAGGACAGGCUGUGACUGCUGUGAGGUGUGCGCCGUGAAACAAUCGCAUCGUUAUUGCAUCAUACUUGUGUCGCAGGAAACGUUGUGUGCGAACAAUCGCGAAGAAGCGAGGUUAGCGAAGAUUAAAAGAGCGGAAUGUUGGCAGCGAGGAUCUGCCGGGCUUCGGUCUCGCGGGUCUCGCCGGGGACGUCGGGCCUGACGUCGCUCGUGCGGGCUCCGGUCGUCCGGACAACGCCACAAUUCUCCAAGGGUCAGAUCGCGAGGUUAUUCGCCAGUGAUGGGCGCAGCUCUUACACCAGGACCGCGAGGAGGAGAGCCACCGUGGCGGAACAAGCGACGGCUCCAGCUGGUGAAACAGCAAUUAACGUUGGGAAAGCAGCAGUCGCUGGAGGAGCGGUAAUGGGAUUAGGUUGUCUUUGCUAUUAUGGAUUAGGUCUUUCUUCACGAACGGGUACUAUAGACCAUGCACAUUUAUGGCCUCAGUAUGUCAGAGAUAGAGUGAAAUCUACUUACAUGUAUUUUGGUGCAUCUAUUGCGGCCAGCGCAGCGUCCGCAGCUAUGUGUCUGCGUUCUCCUGCUCUAAUGAAUAUGGUGAUGCGUCAGGGAUGGGUUGCUUUAGGUGUAUCAUUGGCUGCGAUGAUUGGCAGUGGCAUGAUUGUACAGGGACUUCCAUACAAGGAAGGAUUCAAUAGCAAACAUAUAGCUUGGCUAGUACACACUGGCGUCGUGGGUGCUGUUUUAGCACCGUUGACUCUCUUGGGUGGAACGUUGGUUCUCCGAGCGGCUUGGUACACCGCUGGAAUAGUCGGUGGUUUGUCAGCGAUUGCCGUUUGUGCGCCCAGCGAUAAGUUUCUGGCAAUGGGCGGUCCACUCGCUAUUGGUUUAGGCGUAGUGUUUGCCAGUUCGCUCGGUUCUAUGUUCCUUCCACCUACGACCGUUCUUGGAUCUGGACUUUAUUCUGUAGCUCUUUACGGCGGCCUUCUACUGUUUUCCGGAUUACUACUCUACGACACACAGAAGACCAUUAAACGGGCAGAGACUUACCCGAUGUACAACAUUGAUAGGCCAUACGAUCCGAUUAAUAAUGCAAUCGCAAUUUAUUUGGAUACAGUGAAUAUCUUCGUGCGAGUUCUAAGCAUACUGGCUGGUGGUGGUAACAGACGUAAAUAAAGGAGCAGAACGUAAUAACUAAUGAAGUAAUACCAGGAUCAAAGUAACUUAUAAAUUAUACAUUUAUUACACAAUUUUAAUUAAUAAGAAUAAAUUGUACAGUUUUAAGUGAAUAAAGUUAAACAUUUCAAUAUG